AUCACACAAUGCAGUGGCUUUAUGGCUGCGGGAUUGCUGAUGACAGCACCAUCAGAAGCUACAACCAUUACAGUGUUGAUGGAACUGAUUUCCUCCAUCUCAAUACGAACAAUCUCAACUGGACUGCAUUUAACGAGAAAGCUGAGAUCUUCAAAAACAACUGGGUCAUUAAAGGGAAUGAGGCUCAGCACAUGAUCAGCUACCUGAAGACAAAGUGCAUUGAUCGUUUAAAGGAAUAUGUGUCUCACCUAAAUACGUCACAGAAGACAGAUGCUCCUACAGUGUCAGUGUUCCAGAAACACUCGCCUUCUCCAGAGGUGGUGUGUUACACUACAGGUUUCUUCCCCAAAGUAGUGACGAUCUCCUGGAGGACGGACGGAGAGGAUGUGCAUGAGGACGUGGAGCUCAGAGAGACAUUACCCAACCAGGAUGGAAGCUUCCAGAAGAGAAGCAUUCUGAAUGUCCCAGCUGAGGAGCUGCAGAAACACACCUACACCUGUGUGAUUCAGCACAGCAGCUUAGAGAAGGAGUUAGAGGAUAAAGGUCCUGAUCAACACCACAUACUGUAUACAGUAGAAACAAUAAACCUAAAUUAUGCAGCAGAUAAUAAAGACUCUGUGCUGAUUCAACAGGUGGAGUAUCAGAUGGAGGACAGACUGGUAUCAUCAUUGCUGUAGUCGUCGUCAUUGUUGCUGUAGUCGUCGUCAUUGUUGCUGUAGUAGUCUUUGUUCGGAAGAAGAAAA